AUGGCCCCGACACACCCACUUGUCCGCGAUCGCGAGCCGGGAUCGUGCACGGAGCGCGCCGGGUGUCAGGGCUCCGGGGGAGGCAACGUAGGGGACUCGAGGCCAGGGCUCCGCGACAGCGGGAGGAGGGUCCGAGCAGGUAGAAAAUCUGCCCGGCCGCCGAAAAGCAGAGCCCAGCCGCCACCCCCUUCCCCAGAGCGAGCCGGGUGCCAUCCAUCGCGGAAUUUACCUGCCACUGGUCCAGCCACCCCGUCCAGACCUUGCCUCUCCCUCCGAGCGCUCGGGCGGGCUGGCGGGGCUGGGGCGCCGCAGCCCCGCGGCCGCAGCCGCAGCCCGGGCUCGGCCCGCUCCCCACCCCCGUCCCCCGGCUCUCCUCCCGCCCCUGCACACUCGUUCCGGGCAGGACAAAGCUGGAGCCCCCCGCGCGAGACCCCAGACUGUCCGCUGCCACAGCUGCCCGUCCGCGGUCGAGCCCUACUCGGCAACCGCUCCCUCGCCCUGCUCCGCUAUGACGUCACCCAGGCUCUGCACCGCGCGGAGGCCAAUCAGAGAGGGAGCAGAAAACUAAAAUCACCCUGA